CUAUAUCUACCCAUCGUAGAGUAGGCAUGAUGUUAUGAUAAGUUAUGUAGGUUUUCUUUUCAGUGUAUUCAUUCAAGUGGAGAACUCUGUUUUCGUCCAUUCGGGUGUGGUAAAAUUAACCAGACCGUUCACUCCCUGUAGAUGAUUGUCGGGGAUUAAAAUAACGUACAUGGAUGCAAAAAAAUUCUUUAACCUGAAAUAGGAUUCUAUGGCCGAAUUGUCCGAUUCAUCUAUUAUAGCACUUAGCUCUGUACUGGGAAUUUUCGGUUUACUUAUAACUUGUGGAGUAGCGGGAUAUUGUCGCAGUUAAAAUGGGAAACAAUUCAAGCAGAAACGGAGAAACUACAAAUCGGAAGUAUGUAUACACUAAAAGAACAUACGUGAACGGGACGAAACCACCAAGGGCAGUACCAUCAGCCUACAUUGAUCCAGAGAAACAAUACGUCACAAACGGCUACCCAAGUAGUCCAGACACAGUUAAUCUAAAUAUACCUCAACCUGAAAUAGGAAUAGAAAGUUCGACACAGCCAGAACAACCAAAAGAAAACGAAACAAAACAAGAACCUGUACCAGCACCGACUGUACCAAAACCAAACAGCUAUGUUAAAAAGGCAAAACAUAAGAAAGGCUUUGCUGAUCAUGUAGUUCAAAGGGAAUCAAGUUACAAGUUAUAUGAUCCUGAAUUACUUGUUCAGCGUAAUAACAGUUUUAAAAUAUUAGAUGAAAGCCGACACUCUGGAAGAGCAAGAAGUUACAUUCAAUACGAAGGAGCAAGGCCUGAAUAUGUCGUUCGGCAAAGGGGGUAUAAAAUGCAUGAACCAAGAUAUCAAGCCAGGCGAGUGGCCCAUACAUAUGGUACAUGGAGACAUCAACCAGAAAUAGUCAAUGCUCGACCUAUUAUGGAAUUGAACAGUGGCAGACCAAUAUCAGAAACGUUAACCACACGAGCAAGACCAGUAAGAAUUGUUCAGUCGGUGCCGCCAAUGCCAAUUCGAACGGUAAGACCUCAGACAGUUGGACGGCCUGUUAUCGUACGUCGAACAGUCGAAACAGAGAGGCCUUACAAUACACCAGUUCAUGGGUAUAUUCCUCGACAUCGUCUCGGACAAUAUCGACCAAAAGUUAUAGACGGUUACGUAGCACCAAGUAGGAUAGGAGAAAAUGUGUAUCCUUUAUCAGAACCAGGAGGUUAUAGGGACGUACUGAUAGAACCCGUGUACCAAACUAUUAAAAAGAUUCCUCCACCUCCAUACCCAGGAAAAGCGUAUGAAAGGGAAAAGGUUCCAGUUGAAAAGAUUGAAAUAGAGAAAAUUACAAAAAGACAGUCCGGAAGUGCAAAGAACUUUAUUUUAAAACCGCAAGUUCCUCAAACUGAUGAUGAAAAAUUAAAAGACAUACCAACGACACAAUAUUUCGAUGACGGAAAGACUAUCAUGAUUAUCGAUUAUUUGAUGGACCCUUUCACUACCAAAGUUAACAAAUUACCACAGUCAACACCACGUGAUAUAAAUCAUAAUGGUGAUAUGUUGAAUGGACAUAACUCUGGUGGGGAUCUGAAUGGACAUAAAUCUGAUGGGGAUCUGAAUGGACAUAACUCUGAUGGGUAUCUGAAUGGACAUAACUCUGAUGGGGAACUGAAUGGACAUAACUCUGAUGGGGAAAGUGAAGAUCUCAAUGAUUCACAUAAUAGACAGAGAUCUGCCGAUUUUGGAGAUGUUCUUUUCCUUCCGUGAUCGAUAAUCAAGAGUAAAAGUCUCAUGAAUAUUACCAUAUAAGAUGUUUACAUAAGCUUUAAUAAUUCUCAUAGCAGUAUGAUAUCAUCAAAGUAAAAAUACAUUAGUUCGCACCAAGAUGUGUGUUUAUAAUACCAAUAUUCUUAUAGCAGAUGUAAAAAUGUAUUGAUAAAGUAACAAAUGUAACACAAAAGAUAUUCUCGUUCGCCUCUCUUGAGGUUCCACUGGUUAGGCGAGAAUUAAAAAAGGACACGAGCUCAAUGAACAAGUUUUUUUCUUAUAUUUCGUCUACAAAAACAUGUUUACAAAAUUCGUUAUUUUCUCAAAAGAACCUAAACAUAUUACACAGUAUCUUAACUACUGCUUUGUGUAAACCAAUCUAUUAUUUACGACUACACAAAAGUUCAAGCUUAAUUUCUAAAUUUGUACUUGUUUUAGAUAAUUUUGACUAAGUUUAUGAAUUUAAAACAAAGGGCUGUAAAAAGAUUUAACGCUUCUGGUCGUCGCAACUUUAUAAAUCUUUUUUGGUCAUGUUUAGUUGGUCAUGUAUAACAGGGUAACUUUUGAUUGAAUUCUUUCGGUGAAAGAAUUUUAUCUAAUGUAAAAUAUCAUCACGCCAGUCAAUCAAUCUAACAUUAAAUGGAAGAACCCAGGCGUCAAAGUGAAAGCCUGGGUCUCUUUCUUUAUCAUUUUUGCCUCUUGUAUUGUAUUUUCGUCAAUAUAUAUAUGGAUCAUAUUCUAUUAUUUUAACUAACACUAUAUAUUCAAAGUGUCUGAUUAUAAUAAAUGAUAAAAGAUUAUAUAAUAUGUACUGUAAUAAAGAUCACAUCAAC